AGUUAGCGCUAAACAUAUCGACUCAACCCAUUACGUUACACCCUGUACGUUUCUGAACAUUAAAUUUAUAAAGUUCAAUUGUAAAUAAGUUAAUGAGCAAAAAUAAAAUUAUGGUUCACUUUAACAUACCAUUGUUAGAUAACAAACAAUGCAAAGUGUUUUUUAUUAUCAAUAAUGAUAAACAGUAUGAAGUAUAUUUAAAAACCGUUGCUGUGUGCGUAUAGAGUAUUUUACAUUAAUUUGCUAUUAAUCGAAAAAAUGGGCGAAGUGAUUCUUACCGAAGAUACCUUUGGAAAAAUAACUGAUGGGAAAGGUAAAAACAGAACAGUGAGAAGAUUCACGUGGCAAAAUAAGAGCAAAUUCAGUGUACAAGUCAUUGAUUAUGGAGGUUACAUAACAUCAAUCAAAGUACCGGAUAAGGACGGUAAUAUUAAAGAUAUCACUAUUGGAUUUGACACUGUUGAAAAGUAUUUACAGCCAUAUAAUAGAUACUUUGGAGCUACUAUCGGUAGAGUUGCCAAUAGAAUUGGAAAAGCCAAAAUGAUUGUAGAGGGAGUAACGUAUAACCUAGCAAACAAUAAUGGACCUCAUCAUUUACAUGGUGGUAAAAUAGGAUUUGAUAAAGUUUUCUGGGAAGCGUGUAUUCAAGGUACGCGACUAAUCCUCAGUUAUCAUUCAGCGGACAUGGAAGAAAAUUAUCCUGGAGAUUUGAUAGCGAAUGUAAUUUUCGAAUUAACCAAAGACAAUGAAUUCCGUAUAGAUUAUAAAGCUGUAACUACGAAACCUUGUCCGGUUAAUUUCACAAACCAUUCGUAUUUCAAUUUAGCAGGAAAUGGAGCAGGUGCUCAAGAAUUGUACAAACAUAACGUCUGUAUAAACGCAGAUAAGAUAACAGAAGUUGAUGGCGGCAUUCCGACGGGUAAUCUUCUUCCAGUACAAAAUACCGUAUUUGAUUUGAGAGUUCCUAAGGAACUAGGUCAAAUAAUUAACAAAGUACCUAAUUCACCUGGUUUCGAUAAUAAUUUCUGUAUCACAAAGGGAACAGAACAAGGAAACACUUUUGUUGCGAGUGUCUACCAUCCAACGAGCGGUAGAUUAAUGGAGGUGUACAGUGACCAACCUGGAGUUCAGUUCUACACGAGUAACUUCCUACCUGAAGAUGAUACUGUGAUGGGUAAAGACGGAUAUAUAAAGAAACAUGGAGGUUUUUGUCUAGAAACACAGAAAUAUCCUGAUUCUGUUAAUAAUGAGAACUUUCCGAAUACGAUUGUUUACCCAGGAGAACAGUAUCACCAUUCUGUUGUCUUUAAGUUUUCAUUGAAAUAAUAAACAACAGUUAUUGUAGUCUUCAUCAUUAGAAAUUAAAACUAUUUAGAACGAUAUAAAAGUA